AUGGCUCAGUCACGGCUGAGUGAGAGGAGAGGGAACAUACAGUACUGCACGAGUCAAGACGGGGGUCGUUGGUAGUUGUUGGGAGAGAUGGGUCUGUGCUUGAAACACAUCUGCUCUCGUUUGGGUGCUCUGAGCAAAGCUACUGUACGAUCUGUUAGGACAGGGAGAGAAGGGAGGAUACAAAACAGAGAGGGUAAGAGGGAAAACAAAAGAGAGAACAAAAACGAGAUGGGGAAACUAGAAUGUGUGUUAGUGUGUAUGUUAUAGAAACAGAGAGCGAGAGAGAUUGAGAGAAAGGAAAGGAGAGAGGGAGGCAGCAAAGUGGGUGUGUGGAGAGUCAGAAAGUGAAGUUGAUAAAUCGCCCCUGGGAGACAAAGACACUGACCAGGGCAGCCAAGGGGUUCCCGUGCCAACAGGAGUGGCAUAAGGCAAGUGUUUGCCCAUGUCCCAUUCCCCCAUACACACGCUCUAACAGAAAAGGGCACUGGGGUUAAAAAUAGCAAUCAAACAAGAUCCAACUGGAGUCCCUGUGGAACUGAGACUCCGUAGGCCAUUCAGAGGACCCUAACCUUUAACACGUACACUGACAUACACUGUCACACACUGUCACACACAGACGAGACCAUGGUGGAGUACUACCACAUCUUAGGAGUCCACAGAAACGCGUCGCAGGAGGACAUUAAAAAAGCCUACAGGAAACUUGCGCUGAAGUGGCACCCAGACAAGAACCCAGACAACAAGGAGGACGCAGAGCGGAAGUUUAAAGAGCUGUCAGAGGCAUACGAGGUGUUGUCAGACGAAAAAAAGAGGGACCUGUAUGACCGGUAUGGUAAAGAAGGGUUAGCUGGAAAUGGAGGAGGAGGAGGGCAUUAUCACAACGGAGACCACUUUGGCGGCGAGUUCACAUUCCGUAACCCAGAGGAUGUGUUCAGGGAAUUCUUCGGUGGUCGAGAUCCAUUUGCAAAUUUCUUUGAUGAUCCUUUCGAUGACUUCUUUGGUGGUGGGCGCAGUCAUCAGCGGGGGGUGAGCCGGAGUCGAACCGGGGGUCCUUUCUUCCAUGGGUUUGGGGGAUUCCCACCUUUCGGGGCCGGCUUCUCAGCACCAGGUUUCUCUCCCUUCGGGCAGAUGGGCGGCGGCGGCUUCGCCACCUUCUCUUCCUCGUCCUUCGGAGGGGGUGGAGGGGGGAUGGGCAACUUCCGCUCCGUGUCCUCCUCCACCAAGUUCAUCAACGGCCGAAAGAUCACCACAAAACGGAUUGUGGAGAAUGGCCAGGAGAGGGUGGAGGUAGAAGAGGAUGGUGAGAUGAAGUCUCUAACCAUCAAUGAUGUGCCGGACAAUGAAGAGCGCAGCUGCAGACAAAACGCCCUCCCUGGACCCCCGUCCCAGCAACACUACCUGAGAAACGCCCCCCAGAACCCCCAUGAGGAUGAGGAUGAGCGCGGCCUGGCACCCGCCAGAGGACACAUUGAUACCAAGAGGAAGAAACUGUGGCAAAAGGAGGUGGAAUCUAUAAAGAAGCGAGCACCCCGAUUGGUUCCUCACAUCGGUGCCUGGUUUUGAGAAGCUCCCGUCGCUCCGACCGGACUGUGCACCCCCCCCCCCCCCUCCCUGGAGGAGUAUGGUUGUCCUAAAAUGUGGCAUUGACAUGUUCCACACCCCACGUGUACAUACUGAUGUCCCAGCAUUUGUGUCUUUGUCCACUGUCCCAUGUCUCCCCCUCCUCUCCCUCACCCCUGCGUUGUGUAAACCUCAGCCCUCAUCCUGUAUGCCAGGCGUUUUAUAGUUCCUCAAGGUCUUCCUGCCUCUUCGUGGCACCUGUUCUCAAUGUGUAUGCAACCAUGCUCUCAUUAACCUAAUGCAGCCCUCAAUGGAGACCCCAGGUCACUCAUUGCUAUUCUUUGUCCGACUUUAGAGGAGAGGAGGGGCUCUGUGUUUUCUGUAAUGUUGUAUUUAAUUUCGAUUCAGACUCAAGCUAUACAGCACAUACAAAGAAAAGCUCUGUACUUGCCAUAAUUAAUCUCUUAUGAAUGAUUUUUUUGAGCUUUUGUCCUAGAAGAGAUAUAUAUUUUUGGGUUCAUAAAAGAAUGUAGGUGGGAGAAGUAGUAUUGGAAUGCCUGUGAAGACCCAGAUUACAUGGGACUGUCAAGUUUAUUUGUUUGGUUUUCAACUAGUUAGAGAAAGAGAAGCCCAAAGAGAAGUGUAUGUGAAAAGGAGGAUUUUUUGGGGGUCAAAGUAAUUACUACAUAAUGAGACCUAAGGAUGUAAAAACACUUCUUCCCUAAGACAACAUUGAUUUGCUAGUUGACAUGGAAGACUACAGUACUUAACAGCAUUAAAGAUUGUAGAAAAGCAGUUAAGAAAAGUAAUUUUUUUUCCUGACAAAACUGAACUCCCACACAAAAGAAACCUAUGAAAAAUUUGAUGAUUCUGUUGAAUCCCCAAAGUAAAAUAAAUAAGUUAUACUAUUUUCAUAAUUUUUUUUGCCAAUACUCUGAUUAAGUGGAUUGCUUUUAUCCCCCAUGUGCAUGAGGAAAGGAAAAUAAAAUGUGAAUUUUCUGAAAGCAACAAAAAUAAAACUUAAAGCAAGUAAAU